AUGGGGUUUUUCGAUCUGCCUCGAGAGUUACGGGAUGAGAUUUAUACCCACUAUGCUGCCCAGGAUGGCGGCUAUCUCUAUAAUCAGCGCACGCGCAGGCUACGCACAGCCAACGGCGACCCGAUCGAUCUCUCAUUCAUGCAAACCUGCAGUCAAGUAGCCCACGAGUUAAGACCCGUCAUCUUUGAAAAGAAUACCGUCACUUUUCGGACGGGCUGGGUCGACCGUGAGACGAGCGAUAGAGCCGCGUCCUUUGCAAUCGCUCUCAAAUGGAUUCAUAUAAAGACCGCCUACCAACUCUACAAGGUUCGUAAAGCCAUCACCGAAGAUAUGAUUGAGCAUGCCGGAGUCGACUUUCCCCAAUGUCUCUCGCUGCUUCACCGCCUUCGCGGAGGUCAUGAAACGAUUGCACCGACCCCCCUGCAAAUGGUGGUUGACUGGAGACUUUGGCGUCAUCCACCUUCCACUCAUCGUGGAUUCGUCAAGUUCAUGCUGUCCCGGGGAAAGGGGACAAGAAGGUGGUGGGAGUUUUGGAAAGAUGAUCAAGUCCUUGGGCAGCGGCCUGAACAGCCAAAUGUAGCAUCACUGCUCGCUGGGACCCCUGACCCUUGGAUGAUACCCAACCCAGCAGAAAUCGCCUCGCUGAAAGAACAAUGCAUCUCCUCGAGUUCAUCAAAGAGUGAUAGCCCCAUAUAUGAGGACGGUCCCAUUAAGCGCUACUUCUCCGCAGCUGCGCUUGCCAUACAAUUUCUCAACGGUCUAGACCCGAGCGUUCUAUCCGCUGUUCGCAAGAUUGUACUCGAUGAAGCCCACGCCAGCAUAGCAUAUUCGGAGUGCCAUGGCCUGGGUCUGGUCAGCAUUUUGCAACAGUAUCCCCGCAUCAGUAUUCGUCGCCAAGUGGAUACAAAGACUAUGGCCAUCACGAGUAAGAUCGGUCAGCCCUAUUUCGAGCAACUCGUAGAUCAAUACCACGAUGGUCAAGUCUGGGACAUCGACGGAGAGAUAGAACGAGUGCGCGUAUCUCAGGCCUUCAUGCGGUGGUUUGAGGAAGCCGUGGCUCUUUCAUCGAGAUUGUCUCCCGAUCGCUUGUCUUUGAUCUUCCACUCCAGAAACACUGCAAGCACGCUCGCUCUCCUUGAGCAAAUGCUCGAAGAUGCCAGGUGGCAAAGAACACUCGAAUCGCUCGCUCCACGUCCCAUAAGCCCGCUUAGCCUCCUGGACAGUUGCUGUUUCUUUUCUGAAUCGUUCACACGCGUUAUGCGAGGGAUACAACAAGGCGAGGGAAAUGUUCGUUUCGACAUAGGCGACUUGAGCGUCUGUGAUAGCAACACGGCAAUCCCAGUCGACCGGGAAAGCACGCCGGCGCGAGUAGGAGAGAAUUGGAUGGCACAUUUCCAGGGCACGUAUGUCGAGCCGUCGCCGUACGCCGGCCGCAAGGACCUGCUGCAGGAGUACAUGGAGGACGAGGUGCAGGACUGA